AUGUCGAGUUUUUCUCACCUCUGGACGAAGAGAGGCCGGGACUCGGUCGAAGGGUUUUCUCUUCUGGACCAUGUCAAGACGUCCUUCUUCUUGUCUCCGAAGACGAUGCGCCGUUUCUGGAGGGUCUCGGUUCUCAAACCGGAAGAUGUGCUCGAUAUAAUUGUGGGUUUCGGACCGAAGGUGGCAGCGAGGGAGGUGGAUUUCUUGCUGAAACUGUUCAGCUGGGCUAGCAAGCAGGAAGGGGAUUUCACCCAUCUUCCGAGAACUUUCGAGUUGAUGAUUUCUACGCUAUUACGCGCCCAAAGGCUCACAGACGCCGAAUCCUUUCUGUACGACAUGCAAGCCUCCGGGGUUUAUAGCCCAGGCCUUAGUGAUUUCUUCAGUGAGAUCAUUAAAGGGUAUAUUGAAAACUGGGAUUGGAAGAGAUCGAUUGCGUUGUAUGACCAGGCAAGAUGUCUCCCUAGCGUGCUUCUGAAUGUUUCAUGCUACAGGGCACUUCUCCAUUGGUUAGUUCAGAUGCAGAAGACAGAGUUAGCUGAGAGAAUCUAUGCAGACAUGGGAGACGUGGGGCUAGUAUCGAGCAAUGAGAAUUAUGCUCUUGAUUUUGUUGUUCAGACUCUGUGCACGCAUGACAAGGUCUUGGAAGCUCUCAAUCUUCUCAAGAGAGUCAGGAACCUCGGAAUCCAUUGCGGCUGCAAGUCUCUGGACUCGAUCGCUGAUGCAUAUAGCAGGAAAAGUGACUUUGAAGAUCUCUUGAAAUUCUUGAAAGAAUGGAAACACAUGCCCAGAGCCAGCGUCUGCCACCAGAUACUGUUCUCCAUGUCCAAGACUUGUGGUACUGACAAGGCAUGGUCGUUCAUGCAGAGCUUGGAGGUGUUGGGCUUCGAGUCAGAUGCAAAAACCUUCGGGAUCUUUAUCCGGUGGAGUUGUAGAGAGGGAAACCUGAGAAAUGCUUCCCGCUAUAUGUCUGAGCUCUACACGAGGAUGCUAAAGCCCGAUGUUCACGCAUGUAAUGCCCUUCUCGGUGCCCUGUCAAAGGAAGGGAUGUGGGAAUGUUUGAAGGAAGUCUGUGCUGACAUGAUGGAAAAAGGGAUAAAGACCGAAAUGUCAACUUUCAGAGUCGUAUUAGCUGGGCUCUGUAUGAUGAGAAGAUUUGUUGAGGUUAAGCUUGUUCUUGGGGAGAUGGUCGAUAUUGGUCUUGUUUCUCUGUCCCCACUCGAGGACACUGUUUCCAUGGCUUUCUCUGUACUAGGACUUGGUGACCUGCAAGUGAAGGUCAAGAGGGACAACGGCCUGCAUUCUUCGAAAGCUGAAUUCUUCGAUUUUCUGGGGAAUGGGUUGUUCCUCGACACUGAUAUUCGAAUGCUUGAGAGGAGACUAAAUAGGAUCUUAGAUGAUGCCAUGGCUCCAAACUUCGAUCUCCUGGUACAGGAGGAAUGCAGGAAGGGUGGGGCUGAAGCUGCCAUCAAGAUGGUGGAGGAAGCUGCUCAGAUUGGAGAAAGCCUUUCUUUCUCCACGUACUCGAAAUUGCUGGAGACUCUUGUUACAUCGAGACCUUGCAAGGUCAAGGAAGCUGUGCAUGUGCUAGAGGAGAUCCCUGAGCUGUGCAAGUACCUGGACGAUCACACCGUCAACCUGCUACUUCUUGCUUUCUACAAGAAAGGGGUUUCAGAUAAAGCAAGGAUGAUGUUGGACGUGUUGCUCCACAGAAGACUGCCCAUCGAGGCAGAGCCUUUUAUGGCUUUUGUCACAGCUUUCUACAAAGAAAAGGACGUGCAUAGAUUCCAUGAACUCUGGGAUGGCCUUCAAGGUUGUAACUGGUUACCUGAGUUUAAGAAUGUCAAUUUGAUCCUUCAUUUCCUACUAGAGCACGAAAUGUUUGAGGAGGCAUUUGAGCUCUUUGAGAUCAUGUCCCUGACACGUCCUCAGUUGAUUCCAGCUAUCUGCAGUACUUUUGUCAAGGAGCUGUGCGACGUUGGCUUCACAACCAUGGGCCAUGCUCUUGUUGACGAGGUCUUCAAGGUGACCCCCCAUGUCCUGGAACAAUCAUGCUAUGAAUGUCUUAUCGCAGGGCUUUAUAGGGAGAAAAAGUUUAUGGAAGCUUUCCAUGUGAUUGAUCUCAUGAUCGAGACAACUGUCAGUCUCUCUCCGGGUAUGUGGGAAAUCAUCGCCUACAUGCUACUUGGGUCUAGCAGAAUCGAGAAAGCUAGCCGACCUUUAAAGAAGCUUAUCUUCAGUAAGGAAUUAGAGGGUUAUUCUCCCCUCUCCAGGGCAUUGUUGGAUGAAUUGUGUAGGGUAGGGGGCAACAAAAAUAAUAGCCGUCAGCUGCAGAAACUAUGUAUGGGAGAUUUGUUAUUGCCUGUUGAAAGCAUAUUGAACAUAAUUAUUCAGCAUCGUUGUCAGGAAAAGAACUUGAGAGGGGCAUACGAAUUACUCUGUAUUGUGCUCAAAAUGAAUGUACCCCUAGACAUAUCGGCCUACCGAGAUCUAGUUUGUCUCAGCUGUUCAGUUGGUCUUGUACAUGUUGGGCUGAAUCUGAAAGAGCAUAUGCUGAGAGAACAUGCAUACGCCCCUCAAACCAUAUACAAUAUCCUGAUGUUCCAUUUUUUAAAGAAAGGAAAUAGUUCUGUUGUGGAUCUUGUUUUGGAUGAAAUGAGACAGAGGCACUAUAUUCCUGAUCAAUUUUCUUACAAUUUUCUUGUCCAUGGCUAUCACAGGUGUGGAGAUGGUCAAAAGUCUGUUGACUCCCUGAACACCAUGAUCUCUAAAGGAAUGCAACCCACUAAUCGCAGCCUCAGAAUUUCUGUGGAUUACUUGUGUAGGCACCAGAGACACAAUGAAGCCCUCAGACUCUGUCAAAAAAUGGAAAAUAAAUGUUGGAAGUAUGGCGCUGUAACCCAGACCAUAUUAAUCAAGAGCCUUCUGCAACGUUUCAAGAUUGACGAGGCCGAAUUGCUUCUAAGUCGAUUGCAAGACAAGGAUCUGAUUCCCACUAAGGCAAAUUAUGACAUUCUAGUGGAAUGCUUCUGUAGACUUGGAAGGGUAAAUACGUCAGUAAAUCUGCUUAAUUUGAUGCUGAUAAAGGGCGGCAGUUUUCCAAGUGAAAAGAGUUAUAAUCUUGUCCUUAAGGGGUUGGUUUCUUCCUGUGCUUUUGAUGAAGCUCUUGAUAUUCAUGCCGAGAUGUUGAACAUCAAAGUCCAGCCUGACAUGGAGUCAUAUGAAAUGCUCAUUCGGGGCCUUUGUGGUCAUGGAAAAACCAGUGAUGCGGAACAGCUUUUGGAUGUUAUGGUGGGAUCUAGCCAUGUUCCUUCUAGUGGCAUGUUUCAACUUGUCCUUGAUAGAUAUCGUCUUGAGAAGAAUAUACAUAAGACAUCAGAAAUUCUUGGGAAAAUGCAGCAAUGCGGGCUUCUACCUGAGUUUGAGACUCAUUGGUCUCUCAUUAGCAGUCUAAGCAGUACCAAUGACAAAAGAGGCGAGAAUGAUGAUGGAAAAGGUUUCUUGUCAAAUCUUCUUUCGCAAGCGGGCUUUGAUGAGAGAGGCUCCAGAACAGAAAGAUGUUUGAACACUGUGCUCAACUCUGCGUUUUAG